AUGUUCCAGCCGUCCGCGAAGCGCUGCUUCACCAUCGAGUCCCUGGUGGGCAAGGACACCCCCUGGGCCCCCGGAGGACCCCCGCGCCCCGCCGCCCUCGCCUACCCCGGCCCCGCCGCCGCCGCCGACGCCGCCGCCUUCGCCCCCGGCUUCCAGGGAGCCGCCGGCCGGGCCCUGUACGGCAGCGCCGAGCUCGUCUUCCCCGAGGCCGUGGGGCACCCGGCGCUGCCCGUCGGGCCCCCCCAGCUGGGGGGCUCGGCCCUGCCGCACCCGCCCUUCUUCGGGCCGCAGCACCGCGACCCGCUCAACUUUACCCCCUGGGUGCUGCGGAACCGCUUCUUCGGCCACCGCUUCCAAGGGAGCGAGGUGUCCCAGGAGAGCCUCCUGCUGCACGGCCCCUUCGCCCGCAAGCCCAAGCGCAUCCGCACGGCCUUUUCCCCGUCGCAGCUGCUGCGCCUGGAGAGAGCCUUCGAGAAGAACCACUACGUGGUGGGAGCCGAGCGCAAGCAGCUGGCCAGCAGCCUCAGCCUCUCCGAGACACAGGUGAAGGUGUGGUUCCAGAACAGGCGGACGAAAUACAAACGGCAGAAGCUGGAGGAGGAGGGCCCCGACUCGGACCAGAAGAAGAAGGGCUCGCACCACAUCAACCGAUGGCGCCUGGCCACCAAGCAGUCGAGCGGAGAAGACAUCGACGUCACCUCCAACGACUAAGGCAGGGCCGGGCUGCAGGUGCGGCCAGCAUGGCGAGGAGCGCAGGGCGGACCCCGGCGGCGGCACCCAGCGCACUCUAGGGACGCUCUGGGGACACUCUGGGGACACUCUGGGGACACGGCCACGCCGCCGCCCGCGGCCUUUCCCGGGGCCGGGGCCCGUGCCCGUCCCCCCGCCGCCCGGGGCCACCCUCGGAGGGGCUUUCGGGGCGCUGCCGCCCCGCCGAGCAGGGACAGGAGGCGGCCAGGGCGGCCCCGCAGCGCAUCCUCCCCGCGCUGCGGCCCGGGAGAUGCACGCACCGCCUCCGACCCGAGGCUCCGUGUGCCAAGCCCUCCUCAUUUGCCUUUUUAUUCUCACUUCCCCAUCAUUCCCCCCCCAUUAUUUGCUCAUCGUUUGGGUUUUUUUAUGACGAUUUCUUUUAAUUUAUUCUCUCUCCCCGUGCCCGUGUGCGUGCGUUCCCUCCCGUAGGUAGCGGCUGUAGUGAGUGUUACUGCGUGGAAAUAAAGGAAAAACCU